AUGGCACAACCGGGAUUUUGGACAAAAACCUACCACAAACAAUAGAGGACUCGAUAUUGGUAACAGAGUAUCUAGGGAUACAGUAUAUUUGGGUAGAUUCUCUAUGCAUCGUUCAAGACGACGAUGACGACAAGGCAAUGCAGAUAGGCGCCAUGAGUCAGAUAUAUGGCUUCGCUCAUCUCACAAUUUUAGCUGCAUCGUCGUCAAGCGUCCAUGGGGGUCUACCUGGUCUUCGUCCUGGAAGUCGUUCUAUAGAACAGGUAGAGUUAAUGGUUCUGUCUGAGAGCACAGAUAGCACUACCGGAAAUGUGUUACCAGGUCUAUCCCUUAUGACAACACUAGACCCUCUUACUAAUCCCAAUGAGCAUUUCUUGGAACGCAUGCCCUGGAACAGCCGGGGUUGUACUAUGCAGGAGCGCGUUCUAUCUCGCCGCGUACUUGUUUUCAUGCAGGAACAGGUAUACUGGAUCUGCCGGGAGGCCAUGUUCUGUGAAGAAUCCUAUUUCGAGAACAGUCUUCUCCGCUUCCACAGAUUCCACGCUAGAGCCACCGAGCCGACUCUAGCAAACUCCUUUAGGAACUUCUAUGAGCCGGAGGAUGACCAAGUACGCUUCUGGAAAAUGUACCAGAAUCUCGUGGCCAGCUACACCAGUCGACACUUCACUAAUGAAGGCGGCAUCUUUGAUGGAUUCCUUGCCAUUCUUCAGGGGAUGUCAGCUCUGUCGGACGAAGAGUUUUCGUGGGGCUUACCUCGAUCUUAUUUCGAGCAGGGCCUGCAGUCAACCUGUUACUCUAUCCGAUAUUGCUGUUCAAAAUCCACAGCUUCUAUCUACAGAACUUAGCAAGGUUCCCGAGACGCAGAUAAUCUUUUUCUGGACAAGCUCUGCUUUUCUGACUCUGGCCCCGCCAGAUGACGAUGCAAAUCGGUCCUUUUCAAUCCUGGACUCAUAUGGAAACAAAGUCGGCUCUACAGGAAAUCUAGAGCCCAAGUUAAACGGAAUUGAAGGGCGGCAUGAAUUCAUUGUUGUAGGUAGUCGACGAAACCAGUUCUCGGAUCCAAUGCUGUUACUACUCCAGAUAGAGUGGAGAGGGCACAUUGCCUAUCGUGUUAACAGCGGAGAGGUGAGAGAAGAGGCGUGGGAGGGAGAAAAUCACAUGUGGAAACUUAUUCCACUUCGGUAAUUGCAUUUUGCAUUCCUUUGUUUAUAUCAAUAAUAGUUGCUUAUCCGUACGUCCCACAUAAUCCGUACUAGACGGGACCUUCCCCUAAAUGUAAGUACCUAGGUACCCGAGGCUAAUACCUAAUGUACCUAUGUAUCUAUGUACCUGACCUAUAUUUAGAUACUCACUUCUCCUUUAGCC